GUGGGAAGGAAAGGACUGAGGAGCCGCCAAGACUGCAUCACUGCCAUCUUCUGGGCACCUGAUCCUCCUUUAGUGGUUCUCCAUCACCGCUGUUCUCUGGACAGCAUGGAUGGGGAGGAAGAUGAUUUGUCUCUGCUGACUGCACUGCUGGAGGAGAAUGAGUUGGCCUUGGAUUGUAAUUCACAGGAGAGUCAGCCCUUGACGCAGGAUGUUGGUGAACCCGACUCAUUCGAUGAGCUCUUUGACACUGAUGGUGACGGUGAAUCUUACACAGAGGAGGCUAAUGAUGAAGCGGAAAAGCCUGAAGACCAAAAGGAGAAUCUGGCUGCACUCUUUGGAGACACAGAAGACUUAACUGAUGAGGAGGAAGUUCCUAUGUUGCAGUCAGCUGAAAAGAGGGUCCUCCCAGCUCCUGCUCCCAGACAAGGAAAGACUAACCAGGAGUUGCAAGAUGAAUUAAAGAAGUUGCAAGAGCAAAUGAAAUCCUUACAAGAACAGCUAAAGCUAACGACAAUUAAACCACCCGCCAGUCCAGCCCUUCUGCGUAAAUCCCCAGAUAAGGCUCCACGUCCCCCUCUUAAGGAGAAGAAAGUUCAGAGAAUUCAGGAGUCAGCAUGCCUUUCUGCGGAGCUCGAUGUCCUUGCUGCACCAAACCCCAGGCAGGUGGCCCGGGCACCGAAGCUUUCACCAGCAGAGCCCAAAAGCUCAUCUUCAAAGUUGACAAGUGUGCCCUCCCAACCACUCCGAACGACUCCUGGAAACAAGCCUAGUGGGAUGACGAGAGAUCAGAGCGCAGGGACUCCCAGGACCUCUGUGGAAAUGGCUCAGACAGUGUCUGUGGAAGCCUUCUCUGGGCUUAGACUCAGGAAGCCUCGAGUAUCCUCCACAGAAAUGAACAAGAAAAUGACUGGCCGGAAACUGAUCAGACUAUCUCAGCUCAAGGAAAAGAUGGCAAGAGAGAAACUGGAAGAAAUAGACUGGGUGACAUUUGGGGUUAUACUGAAGAAAAUCACUCCCCAGAGUUCUAACAGUGGGAAAACAUUCAGCAUCUGGCGACUGAAUGAUCUUCGUGACCUGACGCGGUACGUGUCGCUGUUCUUGUUUGGGGAGGUUCACAAACAGCUCUGGAAGACUGAGCAGGGUACGGUCGUAGGGCUGCUCAACGCGAACCCCAUGAAGCCCAAGGAUGGUUCAGAAGAGGUGUGCUUAUCUAUUGAUCAUCCUCAAAAGAUCUUAAUUAUGGGGGAAGCUCUUGACCUGGGAACCUGUAAAGCAAAGAAGAAGAAUGGAGAACCAUGUACACAGACCGUGAAUUUGAACGACUGUGAGUACUGUCAGUAUCACAUCCAGGCCCAGUACAAGAAGCUGAGCGCCAGGCGAGCCGACCUGCAGUCCACCUUCUCCGGAGGCCGAAUUCCAAAGAAGUUCGCCCGCAAAGGCAUCAGUCUGAAGGAACGGCUGUGUCAGGAUGGUUUUUACUACGGAGGCGUGUCUUCAGCCUCGUAUGCAGCCUCAAUUGCAGCUGCUGUCGCGCCUAAAAAGAAGAUUCAAACCACUUUGACUAAUCUGGUGGUUAAGGGCACAGACUUGAUCCUUCAGGAAACUCGACAAAAACUAGGAAUACCCCAGAAGAGCUUGUCAUGCUCUGAGGAAUUCAGGGAACUGAUGGACUUGCCUACUUGUGGAGCCAGAAACUUGAAACAUCAUUUAGCCAAAGCCACGCCAUCAGGGACCAUGGGGAGCCUGAAACCUGCUUUCCAGUCUAUCUCAGCAUCAGCCCUCUUGAAGCAACAGAAGCAGCGUAUGCUAGAGAUGCGGAAAAAGAAAUCAGAAGACAUACAGAAACGAUUUCUCCAAAGCUCGAGUGAGGUGAAGAACCUGGCUGCGCCUUCCUCCUCUCUGCAGCCCCCUUUGCAGUCUCCCCCAGUGGGAGCUGAGUUCCCCAGGAUGGAAGGAGCCCCAGCCACACAGACGCCCAAGCUUGCAAGAGGCAUCUCAGAAGGAGACGACGUCCUCUUUUUUGAUGAGUCACCGCCACCAAGACCGAAACUGAGUGCAUUAGCAGAAGCCAAAAAGUUAGCUGCUAUAACAAAAUUAAGGGCAAAGGGCCAGAUGCUUCAAAAAACAGACCCAAAUAGCAUUAAGAAGAAACUAAAGAAACCACAGGAUGUCCUGGAAGUGAAGGAACGUGCAGAAACGAGCAGCAUACUUUCUCCUCAAGAUGAGGGUGGACUGGAGCCUGCCAGAAAGAAGAGGAGAGAACAGCUCGCCUACCUGGAAUCAGAGGAAUUCCAGACAAUUCUAAAAGCGAAAUCGAGGCACACGGGGAUCCUAAAAGAGGCCGAGGCUGAGCUGCAGGAACAGUAUUUUGAGCCCCUGGUGAAGAAAGAACAAAUGGAAGAAAAGAUGAGAAGCAUCCGGGAGGUGAAAUGUCGGGUAGUGACAUGCAAGACGUGUGCGUACACCCACUUCAAGCCCUUGGAGACCUGCGUCAGUGAGCAGCACAACUACCACUGGCAUGACGGGGUGAAGAGGUUUUUCAAGUGUCCCUGUGGAAACAGAAGUAUCUCCCUGGACAGGCUCCCCCAGAAGCACUGCAGUAACUGUGGCCUCUUCAAAUGGGAACGGGAUGGAAUGUUAAAGGAAAAGACAGGUCCAAAGAUAGGAGGAGAAACCCUGCUCCCAAGAGGAGAAGAAUAUGCCAAGUUUCUGAACAGCCUGAAAUAGCCCUGACUUCAAACAGGUACCCACAGCCUGCAUUGCUUCCUGUGGUUCUGGAAAAGCUGAGUAUUGGGUCUGAAUUGCCUGUGUUCCUGAUUGACAUAGUCAAAGCAAAUACUUGUUAAGCCUGCAACUUUGCCUACUUCCUCUGUUGUGUUGAUUUAGUGCCAAAUUUAACACUGACCUUUAAGUGGAAAAUCAAGAUAUCAUUGUCUUCCCUGCUCUCACAAUGGAUGGCAAAAUUCUCACAAUUUUUAUGCCCCAAAACUGGAAGGUAGAUCGAGAGUUGUGUUUCUCUGUCUUUUGGAUUACAGAGUAUUCAGUGUCAAAGUUUUGUCACAAUAAUGUGCUGGUAUUUCUGCGGACACCCAGAGGCAAAAGAAUUAAUUUAGCUCAAGUAACUUGCUUAACUUGUGGGCUUCAGUUUCCUUGUCUGUCAAAUGAAGAAGGUUGUACCAAAUGAUCAUGAAGGUAUUUUUGAGCACACAAAGUCUACAAAUAAUGUGAUUUUUUUGCCGUCUAGAAAACCACGCACAUCGCCCUUGACAUAGUCGUGCUGCUUUGAUAUUGAAGGCCAGGUUCUGCUGUUACCUUUAUCUUGUUCUUUGAAAUCAUGUCGCUGAACCACUUGGCAUUUCAGUUGAUGUCUGUAUGGCUCUCUGUGCCCUCACAAUGUUGUGGAGCUCUGAUGCAAUACUUAACAUUCUUAACAUUUUAAAAUAUGGCUUGAGAAAACUUUGAAACCUCUAACUAAAACAAAUGCAAAAUUUGAGAAGCUGUUGAAGCCUGAUUGAAAACAGAAAUAUCCCACAAAGACAGAAUCCCAUGGAGUUUGGGAUGAGCAGAUAUGCUUCAUUAUACACACUAAGAGUUGUAGAUCUGGGACUACUGCCCUGAUGGAGGGUGACAGGCAGGCAGGUUACUCCCGUGGCCCCCGGUCUUUGGCGCACUAACUCUGUGGCUGUGGGUGAGGCACCCAUCCUCCCCGUCUGCUAAAUGGAGACGGUGACUUCUCAGUGGCGUGGACGCGUGUGAGAUGGCGCCUUUGUGCAAGGGCGCAGCAGGUGCAGAGAAAAGGUGCUUCCCAGAUAAGAGCACAGAGACCCGAAAAGCAGAUUCUUUCUGAAAGGAGCUUUUUGGUUGCGGGCUGGCGAGGAGGUGUUGGUGGUGAGGCUGGAGAGGCACACGGCCGGCCUUAAACUUUGCAGGGCCUCCUUGGGUGUGGUGAGGAUGUGGGUCUUGACUCUGUAGGUGUUUGUAAAGAUCACUCGGCCACUGCGUGGAGAAUGAGGUGGGUGGUAGGGCUGCUAAAGGCAGAAUGAUUCUUAAAUAUCGCAGCACUUGAGGGAAGGGAAUGGUGUGGCCUGGAUGGAAGGGUGGUGAUGGAGGUAGACAGUGGUGGGUGGCCUUAAAGGACAGGCAGAAUUGUGCAGGACAAGGAGUCCAGGAUAACGUCCUGGGGUGGGUAACUAAUGUGUGGAUGUUGAAACGCUGAAGGGGUGGAAGGCAGACAGGCCAGAUGUUCAGAUGCACCAGUCUCCCCACCCAGGGACGAUCAGGGUGGCUACAAGAAGCAACUCUGGGGCAGCUCGGCCCUCAGGAUAAGCCUCUUACCGUCUGAGGUUCCCCCGGAGGUUGCUAAGGGCACACAGGAAUGUGGAAUGUAACCACUAUUUUGUACACGCAUUAGGUGCUCAGUAAGCUUCUGAAGAAUUAGCAGUUUUAUGAGGACCAAAGGCCAGAGAACGUGGUCAGCAUUCCUGGUGAGGCAGGAUGGGGUUUCACUGGAUCAGCUCCUUCGUGGCCUUCAGCCGUCUCAAAGGCACCCAUGAAGUCUUGGGUCUUUGCCCUGAACCAGCCAAAGAUUUGGAGUCACCCACAGGAAUCGGGGUAUAUAAGUCUGGGAGGGUCACUGGCAGGGAGAAUAGUUGGGGAGAAGGAUGUUACUCAUGGAAGAUCUAUUCCAGGUCCUUCUUCAAAUGCAGCUCAGUAUUUAUGGGUGAAAUGAUAAAAAUGUCUAGAAUUGACUUUGAAAAUACAACAGAGGGAUGGAGGGCAACACGUGGGGGUAUUGACGAAUCAAAAGUGGCCAAGUCACUAAUUGUUAAAGCUGGGUCAUGGCUACAUGGAGACUCGUACUCAUUUCUAUAUUUUUGCAUUUGUUAUAAAAUGUCCUGAUGAAAAGUGAAAAGGCAAACAAGAUAAGCAGCUGGAGCUUCUCUGUGAUGCCUGCUCAGUGUCUCUGGGAGCAGUCGACGCUCCCUCCUCCAGGCUGUUGCUGUGUUUGGAAUGUUGCUCUGGCAGGAAACAUACUGGGUGGGUUUAUCCAUGGCACCUGCGAGCUUGUGUACUUCAGUGUGGUUUGAUUUCCAGGCGCCAGACAGAGUGCUGCCCUACUAGUGCUCAGUGAAUGUUGGGUGGAUGGAGGGGUUUUAAAAAUUGUGAAUACCAAGAACUUAAUAAGUGUUUUUUGAAUUGCUAAAAGAAAAAGAAUGAUAGAACCUCAUGCAGGCUACCACCAAAAAAUUCCACUUAGGAGAUUCCUCUACCUGAGCAACCUGAUUUUUCCAAAUACCACCUGACCCAGGUGAAUGCUGAUACGCCUAAAGGCUGGGUAACCUGGUAGGAUUAUCAUACUGGGAUUUAAAGUCUACCUAGAAAUAAUUUAGAUUUCCCCCGAGAUGGUAUUACAGUAGGAACAUAACACUUACAGGAGGUGGCCAUGAGAGAGAGUUGAUUUAGGUUUUUAAGAGCCAGAAACAAAUUUCACAUUCCUUAGAUUUCAUCAGAUUCUGCUCAAUGUGAGCAGAAGGUGCCGUGUCUGAUGCUCGUGUUCCCCCAAGGUCACACCCUAAUAACUGUAUUUUAGGAGUAUUUCACUUUCCAGGAGGUGUGUGUUUGGUUCUUUUCCUUAACUAACAAAGGAGAGAAUAAAGUGUUUAACUCUCAAAAAGAACCAAAAGCACUUGAAACUCUGUUAUUUUUAAUGGCUUAUUUAGAGUAGGUGUGUUUGUCCUAUAAACGUAUGACGGAGCUAUGUAUUUGAUGGAGGUUACAACUGAGCAGCUGCCCGGAAAUUGAAUUCCAGGUUGCUCUUUGAGGAGCCCCCGCCUAUGUAAGAAACAAGUUCUUGCUUGAGCCAAGGGCGUCGUCAGAGUCCAUGUUCACUGGCAUAUUGUAUGUGAGUCGUGCAGUAAUGUUCUUACAAAGGUUGAUGGUGAGCUGAAUCUGGAUGUCCUCCUGUUUUUAAAUUGAAUUUUAAAUAAUAAAAAAAUAUAAUCAA